AUGCUAACUCUCCUCGAAAGUCUCUCCAACGAACUGAUUUAUGAAAUAUUUGAAUAUUUGCAUUUACAUCAUAUCUUUCAAGCAUUUUAUGAUCUUAACGAACGAUUUCAAUACCUGUCAAUCAAUUCCAAUUUGCCAAUCAAAGUCGAUAUCGCCUCGAUAUCACUAGCAACAUGUGAACAAUUUUUCGAGCAUAUUGUCAGUCGACAUGCAGCACGAAUCAAGUCGCUUCGUUUAUCAAGUCCAUUCAUACUCGAUAUUUGUGAAUUUCUAUUUCCACCAAUGACAAAUUUCAUUCAACUUGAAUCACUUAGUUUGAACAUAACCGACGGUGAAUAUCUCAAACAAAUGCUAGAUCAAUUAUUUUCAUUACCAUCGUUAUCCUCAUUGACUAUUACAGCUACGGUUUAUAUUUCAAAUAAGAUCUAUCAGAAACUAUUUCGUCUUCCAACAUUGAAAUCUUGCCGAAUGCUUCUGAAGACAUAUGAUCAUAUGACGCCCAAUCGUACGAAGGAUUUUAGUUCAAUUGAACAUCUGGUCGUGAAUCAGCGAAUUUCAUUUGAAGAACUUGAUGCUUUGGUGUCCUAUGUCCCGAACGUACAUCAUUUGUCUAUUCAUCAUUUGACCAUCUAUCAAGAGAAUCGACGGACAAGAAGUUCGUUUACGCUGAACUAUUUAACGAAAAUUUCUCUCAAGAUGAAUGAUGUUAAAUUUUAUAAUUUCGAGUUGAUUGUCAUGGAUUACUUUCGUCAUGUUCAGACUUUGCAUCUCCUUGCGCAAUCCGAACGAUUGUACGAGAGUGGAACUGAUUAUUUAGAUACUGAUCGAUGGAAACGGCUAAUCUCGAUGUACAUACCGAAUCUACGAACCUUUCGUUUUCAACAUAUCAAUCAUAAUUUGUAUAGUGAAACCGAUCGACAGAUUUAUCAAGCUUGUGUAUAUCAUCCACAAUCGAGAACAGCGAUUUUCUUUUCAAGAAAUUCGAAAAGAAAACAUCAUGAUCAAACGAAGAACAUGUGGUCAUCAAUGAAUGAUAUCAAUCAAGAUCCAAUUCAUCAUAUUUAUUUGCACGAUUUAACUCGUGUGCAACAAUAUGCCGGCAAAUUUCCACAUGUUAAUGAAUUGACAUUUUUAGAAACAUUUUGUGUUCCUGAUGAUUCACUUGGACUCAGUUUACAACUUAUUCUACCCGUUGUGCAACUUACUAAACUUACAAUCAACUGUCUUGACUUUCCGUUUGAACAAUUACUUGAACUCUUUCGAUUUGCGUCGAACGUUCAUACGUUGCAGCUUUUCUCCUUAUCACUCGAUGAGACCGACUCAAUUUGCAAUCAGCAAAAUCGAUUGGUUCGAUUAGCUUCGCAGACAAAUCGUGUGGCGAAGGUGAUCAUCGAGAAAACAAUUCGAUUAGAACAACUUAAACUACUGGCUAUUCUCUUCCCUCGACUGGAAAAUCUUCUCAUUGAUUUAUAUCGACAAGAUCUGAAAACGAUUGCCGAAUAUCUCUGGUCAAAGUCGAACAAUCACACUCGAUAUCUAUGUCUGCUGUGUAUCGCACACGAACGGGAAAAUUUGCUCAACGAACUGAAUUUUUUAAUUAAGUCCGAAAAACUUCUCUCUCGCUAUACUUUGAAAGUUAUAGAAAAAAAACUCUAUGUGUGGUGGUAG